AUGAAGCCAUCAGAGCAGUAUGUCAAGCUCGUUGAUCCGCUAGAUUUAUCACAGAAAGCCUGGACGGAUCCUCGCGAGAGAGCAAUCAGAGACCUCAAUGACGUUGUCAAGUUGAUCCGCGAAAUUCUCAACACAAGUAUUUUUCGCACAGACGCCAUCGUCAUUAAGAAUGGCCUGGUUGAUGCCAUACAAUUAUUUGCGCUUGAGCCAAUUUCAGUCGGUGGGCGUAGAUCACAACUGAUCGACCAUCUCUUCAAAUCGCCCUUGAAGAUCAUCCACAACUCAAGUAUAGAUGCCCACGUCCGAAACCAAACGCUGGCGAGGAUGCUCAAGAUGAUUUGGAGAUUCAUUGUGGAGCCAAUCUGUAAUGCCCUUGGUCUAAAAGAACACACUUUUACCCGCAAUUGUCCAUUUCCGCCACGAGUUCUAUGGAUUCCCACGGGGAUAUUUGCCCAAGUUCCAUUGCAUGCCGCUGGGGAUUACAGCAGUGGGAAUCUUGAAGACUCAGCAACUGCAAGAAUAACUUCUUCGUACAUUGCAAGCUUCCGAAGGCUGCAGCAUGUGCGCUCACGAAGCCGCAGCAUUCAAACUGCAGGUAACAAAGGCGUGGUCGUGAGUAUGACAUCAAAAUCCUGGGCCUCACUUCCUGCGGGUAUCAGAAAAUACUUCUUGCCUUCCAUAUAUAUAGAAGCUGCGGGUGUCAUGAACGCUGCCCAGUUUAUCGAGUGGGCUCAAAUGCCACGAACUGUAAAGGCACAAUUGCUUGACGUCCUUCCCAGGUGCAACUAUUUGCAUGUCAACUCCCACGCCGAGACAAAUGUAGCAGAUCCAUCGCUCAGUCAUCUGAUCCUGCUCGAUGAGGCUGCUACAGAAUCUGAACCUGUUAUCACAAGGCUCAGCGUUAAAGAGAUGUCUAGCACUGUGGCCGAUAAGUCCAUCUUGGCUUUCCUUGCCGCCUGCUCAACAGCGUAUGGAUCUGUUCCUGAACUUCUUGACGAGGGUCUCCAAAUUGGCAACGCAUUUCAGCUAGCUGGAUUUCCCCACGUCAUUGCUUCGCUCUGGCCAGUUUAUAACUUCAUCUGUCCAGUUAUUGCACGCGACUUUUACACAUUCAUAAACGAUCACACGGUUGAGCACGGGGGAAUGGGUAACGACGCUAUUGCCUGGGCUUUGCACCAUGCAAUCUCGGAAUUGAAGAAGGAGUACCUGGAUGAACCGCUUAUAUGGGCACCAUUUAUACAUUUGGGCCCCAUGAGUAAAGAGGUUGAUUCAUUUGGCAAGGCAAUAUCACGACUUGCUUUUCGUGAUCACCAUGAUAGGCCUACUGGGUAG